CUCUUUCUUUUUUGUUCUUUUCUGUGCAGUACAUGCGUAAACUAAUAAUUAAUUUAAAAUGUUGGAGAUCCAAAACAAUCCACCUGUUAAACAUAAGUGAGUUGAUCAAAACCAACAACUCACAAUUUAGUGCAGAUUGACAGCUGACCUAACUCUGUCAGAAUAAUAUCUGAAGACUCCAUGGUCAAUGUGUUGUUUAACUGCAGAAAAAAAAAUGAAAACACAGAGAGAAGCUCACAACUGCUUGUUGCAAUGGCAAACUACUGACUUUUCUUAAUCUAUUUUUAAAUUUUAUGUGUUUUCAUAAAAACCUGUAUUUUCAAAUUACUUGUACAAUUUUAGACCUGCAUUUUAUUGCGUUGCCUUUUUUUCAAUAUUGAUGUUGUUCUUUUUUCGCUACUACUGAUAAUCUGAAGUCAGAUUGACUCGAACUAAUUUCUUAUUGGAAGCUCUCCUUUUCACCCACAAGAAUGUCAAGAAGGUGAUGACCAACCACAACAACAGCUACCUUUUCGUUUGUGCUCCACCUUUGUGCUCUCUGUAUAUCAUACUACAAUCACACUCUUUCUGGAGAAUCAAGUAUCACGACCAGGCUUAAGACAAGGUCUAAAUGAUCAUGGCAAAGGAACAAUACGAGAACAACAUGUCAAAGACUUAUGUUCUGAAGGUCAGCAUGCACUGCCAGUGCAAUGGUUGCAUCAAGAAGAUCAACGACGGGGUGAAAGAGAUCGCCCUUUCAGAAGGGGUGGAGAGGGCUGACCUGGUGGCGGAGACGGCAGAGGUGAUAGUGGUCGGGAGAAUGGACCCAGAGAAGCUCUGCUGCUUGCUGCAUGAACUAACGCAGAAGCAUGUGAAGAUAGAAACCAAAAGAGCCGUAUCUGAAGGAGAAACUGCAGCUUCUCGGGAAACCAAGAACCGCUUUGGCCAGGUUACUUCCGGCUUGUUCGAUUCGGACUUACCAGAGGAAAGCCCAGUAACACCUGUUAUGCCGAGUGCACCGCCGAUUCCCGAGGCAUGGAGGAGCCAAACCGUGCCUUCCCAGAGAUGCGCUUACCGUUGGUCGCUACCUUUGCCCGGCGCACUCGGCGUGUGGGCAGCGUCUGACAUCGAGGGGACAAUGGCGGUGUACGAGCUCUGAAGGCUUAUUCAACAGCACAGUCAGCAGAAGCAGGCUGCACUCUGUCGUCACCUUCGUUUUGUGCUAGCUGAUUUGUUGUCACGCAAGUAUUUUCUGCCAAGAGCUUUAACCUGCGUGUUCUUUGUUUCUACCCGUGGCUUAAUGACACGGGCAUGCUCUCUUUUGCUUCGUUGUUAAUCCGCGAUGCUUUGUACAAUCAUCAGCAUUGCUUGCAUCAAUGCGGGUUAGAUUGUCAUGUUGUGCAAUAGUAAAUAGGAAUCCAAGGGAGAAGUGUAGGAACCGGGCAUGGAAUCCCAUGUCUUACGUGUC